CCGUCAUGUUACCGUAUUACUCGUCGACAGUUCGCGGACUGUGCGUGUUCGUAAGGAACACUACAAUAUACUAUACUCGCUCAAUAGUACGCUUAUUCGUUAACAAUUUCAAAAAAUAAUCGAGAAGACUGAAAACAAUGAAAAAGUUUUACUGAACUAUUCAGUAUUUUUGUUCGUUGCAGUCAAUCAUUGUUGAUCAAAACACUCAUUAAUCAUCGAAAGACAAUUUUAACGGUAGAAUCGAAAACCAAAUCAAAUCAAAUGGAUUCUGAAUCAUUUAAAGAGUGCGGAAAGACGGUCAUCGACUAUAUAGCCAAUUAUAUGGACAAUAUUCGAGACAGGCCCGUGCUGUCCACCGUGGAGCCAGGCUACCUGUAUAAGCUGACGCCGUCUGAAGCGCCCGUGAAAGGGGAACACUGGAAGACGGUGCUAGCUGACGUGGAGAAUGUGAUCAUGCCGGGGAUCACCCACUGGAACUCGCCGCAGUUCCACGCCUUCUUCCCAACCGCCAACUCGUACCCGGCCAUUGUAGGCGACAUGCUGUGCAACGGUAUCGGAUGCAUAGGAUUUUCUUGGAUAACGAGCCCGGCUUGUACCGAACUUGAAGUGCAAGUUAUGAAUUGGUUCGGGAAAAUUUUGGAUCUGCCUAAAGAGUUCUUGAACGAGUCCGAAGGUCCGGGUGGUGGUGUAUUGCAGGGAAGUGCCAGCGAAGCCACGUUGGUGUGCUUGUUAGCCGCCAAAGACCGUGCGACUAAACGGAUGAAAACGUUUAAUCCGAGUAUGGAGGAUGGAGAGAUCAAAGCUAAACUCGUGGCCUACACUUCGGAUCAAUCGAAUUCGAGCGUCGAAAAAGCUGGUCUCCUCGGCUCUAUGCCUAUGCGGCUUCUCGAAACGGACAAAGACGGGCGGAUGACCGGUCCGAUAUUGGCCAAAGCAAUUGCGGAGGACCUCGCCAAAGGACUGAUUCCUUGUUACGUAGUCGCUACCUUGGGUACUACCGGUACUUGCGCGUUCGAUUGCUUGGAAACGCUGGGCCCCAUAUGCAACGAAAACAAUAUUUGGUUGCACGUUGACGCGGCGUACGCAGGUGCUGCUUUCAUUUUGCCGGAAUACAGGCAUCUGAUGGCCGGUGUGCAAUACGCUGACUCGUUUGACGUGAACUUGCAUAAAUGGCUGCUAGUGAACUUUGACUGUUCCGCCAUGUGGGUGAAGAAUGCGACUUAUCUUGUGGACGCAUUCAACGUGGACCGCGUGUACUUAAAGCACAGCUAUCAGAGCCAGGAUCCACAAAUACCCGACUACAGGCACUGGCAAAUACCGUUGGGCCGCAGGUUUAGAUCGUUGAAAAUGUGGUUCGUUUUGCGAUUGUACGGUGUAGAAGGACUGCAAGCUCACAUCCGAAAACAAAUGAACUUGGCUGAACUGUUCGGGAAACUCGUCGAACAGGAUCCGAGAUUCGAAAUUGUCAUGCCGGUUACGAUGGGUCUAGUUUGCUUUCGAUUAAAGGGCAAUAACAUUUUGACGAAACACCUGUACGAGCGGCUAAUGAACAGCGGACAGAUCUAUCUGGUCACGGCCAACGUCCGGUCACAAUUGGUUAUCCGUUUCGUGGUAUGCAGCCGAUUGACCGAAGAGGCAGACGUGCGCUUCGCAUGGAACGAGAUUCAGAGGCAGGCGGACGCAGUGUCCGGCACGGUCGCGGUGGUCGUCGUAGCAACCGCAGCUGAUGCGUCAGCCGAGGUGACCACCGACGUGUGGCCGGAUAAGAUGGAACACCAUGUGGCCGUCAAGUCACUGACGCAGGGGUGAACGGACCUCGCAGACGCCUCGCACAGUAACCAUGACCAUCAUCAUCCCCUCGAACCCGUAUUGUACGUGAUUCCGAGCAAAGGCUUUUUGUUUAUUCGCACAUGCAACGUGCAGCAUGUUUAUAAUUUUUUCAUUACUCGGUCCCGCAUUAGAUAUUAUGGUGUAAAGCGUGGGCAUUUAUUGUUUAGUCAUUUUUUUUUUUUCAAACCAUUAUUUAAUCUGUGUUUUACUCUUCAUAUUUUUCCGUUCCUCUACCGGCAAUAAUUCAAAUUAAAUAAUUGUUGUUUUACUUUUUUUUUUUUUUUUUUUGUAACAUCAUAUAUAAUAGUGCGCGAUUGAUAAAACCGAAAUAUGUUUUUGUUGUGCCCACAAUGGAAACGGUUCUAUGCCCAUGUUUGAUUCUUGCUUAUCUAACAUAAUGUUCGUUCAUUAUUAUUAUUAUAAUUUUAAAUUAAAUAUACCGUGUUGUGAUAAUAUACUAACCUACUGUAUUUACUGUAUUUAUCUAAUUUACAUUUCGUUUGUUAGGGUAUGUAGUUCUUGUUUCUG